AUGGAUUUGAAUGAAUCAUUGGAAAACGAUAAUUUGCCGAAAUUUUCAUCUGCAAUUCAAAUAACACGACCAAAGUCAGCGUCUAAAACAGGAUCACCUUCAUUAACAAAUUCGCCAAUUAAUAAAAUUACAGUCGCUAAACUUGUUUUAAAGCCUGAAAAAUUGUCAGUAAUCAAUAAAGCAACCUCAUUAUCACCCAAAGAGAAACUUCAAAAAUCUCUUCAUGGAGUCGCCGAAAUGUCUCUUUUACCAUCGGAAGAUUCAUGGAUAAACAAGAAAAGUAAAAAUAUUGUUGAACUUGAAACGAAGACAAGGAAAUCAGAAAGUGAAAGAAAAACUUUGAACCAACAACAAUCAAGAUAUCGGCAACCAUCGAUAACCACAGAACGUCCAACAAAUAAAUCAACAACAAUGAAUGAAGCAUCGCGAAGAGAAGCUCGCAAAUUCAUGCAGAAACAGCGUGAAAAGCGAAAGUUGGAAACGAAGAAGGAAAUUGAUCAGUCAUUUAUCAUCAAGCAACGUUUGGAUGAGUUACGGAAAACCGUAAAAAAUGUAAUCGCAAAGAAGCCACAAAAAGACAAAAGUCAAGUCAAUAUAUCGCCACCGAGAAAUUAUUAUUCGAUGAGUAAUCACCACAUGAAAGAGAUCAAAGUGUUAAAACUUAAGCCGAUGUCAAAAGGGUCACAAAAAUCACCAAAUGUUGUUGAUCUUACACCAAGUGGAAAAGAAAGAAAAUCUGAUGAAAUUUAUGUUCCCAAAUCUUCUUCACCAGUAAAGUCAAAGCAGGAAGUAAAGUCAACAACAUCAUCACCAAUAAAACCUGCAAUAGUUUUAAAGAAACCUGAAAGUCCACUCAAAUCAUCCACUCAAAAUCGGGAAAUUAUUUCCAAAGUAAACAAGCCACAGCAACGAGUAUCACAAUCGAAGGAAAACGAAGAUCCAAGCAAUAAUAUAAAAUUGAAAGUUCCGGAUGUUAAAUUAAAUUAUAAGUCAAGUUAUCAAUCGAAUAAAGAACCGCAAACCAAUCUCGUUACAUGGCUUCAGAAUUCAAAUGUUCAACCUUAUCCUUAUAACUUUAUUUAUGCUGUAAGAAAGAAACUUCAAGCUUACAACGCAGCAAUGGAAAUCAAGAAGGGGAAAGAAUUAAAAUUGAAGAAAAUGGCAACAGAAAAAUUAAAUAAAAAUUCCAAACGUGACUUAAAAUCUCGUGAUGAAACUGAUAGAUCUGAACUUCAAUUACCAGUGACCAAAACUUCAGAUACGAAUGUGACAUCAUACGAGCAAGAAUUGGAAGCCAACACAAUUUCUGAAGUUAGUUCACUUCAAUCUGACAUGGUUUUGGUGAAGUCGAAGAGUGAAGAAAAUGAGAAUCCAGCCGAUAAUGAUGCUGACACAACAAUCAGCGAGUUGAUCUUUCAAUCUUUAAACGAUGACGCUUUUAUAGGCAAGAAGAGAGAAAGUUUGAACUCGGCUUUUGAUCGAACAUCGUUUGAUAAGAAAAUCUUACAUUUGAAACCGGAAGAAAUUUCGCCAAAUACAAUGGAAAAGCAAAAUAAGUUUUUAUCAGCAAAAACAGAACUUCCUGUACUGAAAAAACCUGAAAUUAUUCCUCAAAAUGAUUUCAAUAUCGUGGAGAAUCAAGAAGAUUAUCAAAAAAAAUUAGAUGAGUUUAAUCAAAGUCUUUCGAAUGUUAUUCAGUAUAACGAGCGAUUAACAAAAGAUUUGAACAGUAAAUCACCGUCAAGGACGAGUGAAACUUAUCACAACUACAAAAGUUCUUUCGAGGACAACGUUGAAACUGAAAGUGUCAAAACAAACGUCACAGCGCAACCUCCAACAUCAAAUCAAAGACAAGAAAGCGAAUCCAACAGUUUAAUAAAAACUUUCAUCGAAGAUUCAUUUAAAACUGAAGGUGAUGUAAUUGAAGACAAAGUAAUCGCAUAUGUUGAACCAGCACAAGAUGUUUCUAGUAACACCGCAAAAUUAACCGCAACAAACAUGGAUGAGUCAAGUUUGAAAAAUGAGAAAAAGGAAGAACUGGAAACAACGUUUGAAGAAAGCAAAUUACUUAACAUCUUCAAAUAUAACGAAUCGGAGACAUCUUUCAACAUCACGCUUACAGACAAUAACGAAAGCUUUGAAAAUCUCAUGAAUCAAUCGACGUCAGAGAUUAAAUCUUGGGAAAAAGCUUUAAUUGAUCGAGCACGUGGUCAAGUUGCAUGGCUUGAGUUACAGAAACAACAGUUUAAGAAGCAUGGACUGAUGGAUAAAGUUUCGACAAUUCGAAAGAAACAACGAGCGAUAUUGUUGCGUUUAGAGAAAGAAAGAAUGAAAAGAAAAGAAAUUCAUUUGAAAGAUCAAGAUUCGUUCUCAUUGAGUGAAAUAAAUGCAAGAGCAGACAUAGAAAGAAUUCUUCAAGAACGUGAACAAGAAAUCGAGAAACGACGAGAUCACAUUGAACAUCUUGUAAAGUGGCAAGAAAAACUUGAUCGAGCCGAAGCUAAAUUAAAGCAAAUGGAACAAGAACUUCUUGGUGAAAAUAAGAAGAAGUUGACGUCAAGCCCAAGGAAAAACAAUCACAAUAAUGACCUUCUCGAUCAGUCGUUACAAAUGGUAAAGUCAAUUGAUAAGAGUUUGAAAGUUUUAAAGAAUAUUCAGCCAGUGAAAGGCGAUGAAUUUGUCGAAGUUUCUGGUGAAAAACUCAACAAGUUGUGGCAACGAUUAACUGGCCUAGUUCAAAAUAUUUAUGACCCAAUCGACACUUACAAAUUAUCGAAAGAAGAUUUCGCAAAAUUUUAUGAAGAUGCGAAAGAAGUUGUGCUUCGAAGUGACAUGAAAGUAAUACUUGAGUCGUCGGUAAUCCCACAACAAAUGUCAAUGAAGAAUAAUAAAAAUGAAGAAGAUGAGUUGAGUGACAGUGACAACGAGCAUGAAAACGAAAACGAAAAUGAUAAUAAGUCAGAUGUAAGCACGAUGAAUUCAAUUAUGAAUAUUGAAACAGAAGAAGAAUAUCCAGGAAGUUUCUCAUAUGAUCAUCAAGAAACUGUAACAGCAACUGCGACAGAAACUGACAAAACAAAUGACGAUGAAUUACGUCAAAUGUUGGAAAAUCAAAUGAAAGUUUUUGUUGAUGUUAAGAAGACAGAAGAAGAUCAUGAAACGACACCGAUUGCUGUCAACACAACGUUUAAGAUUUCAGGAGAAUCGAAAGAAAAAAGUUUAUCACCAGAUGUGAAAAGUGAUCGAAACUCAGUCAUUAAUACUGAGUCAUUGUUGUCUGUAAAAGUUUCGUCAGCUGAUUCCGAUGGAUCGACGAUAAUUCCUGAAGUGAAUAUUCAAAUAACUGACAUGGAUGACGACAAUCCAAUUCACGAAGAACAACUCAUUGAAGACAUUUCCUUUCCCAACCUUGAUAUUUCUGGUAUGUCUGAAAGUACGCACCAUGAAGAACUCGAGAAUACUCGAAAGGAUCUCUCAACAAUUGCUGAGUGCUCUGAAUUUGAACAUUCACAAAAUACGAGCGAUGAAGAAAUUUCGUCUGAAGUUAUUUUGAGUCGUCACUCAAACGCAACAACAUCGACAAGUGAAGCAAAUUUGAAUUCUGAAAUUGAGAGACGAUUAUCAUCAAUCACUGAUAGUUUAGAAGAAGUCAAUGUUGCUUUCAAAAAGAUUGCUUUAAUUAAUCGUUCACCAAGUUCCAUUACUUACUCAACUGAUAAAGAUUUUAUUAGUUCGGAAAAGAUUUCAACAUCAACUGAAAAAAGUGAAACGAGAUCAGAAAUGGAAAGCGGAAGUCAAGUAAUGACUUCAACACCGGAAAUCGUCAAACAUCAUUCUGACGAUUUCAAUUAAAACGUAUAAAAGCAUUUGAUUUAUUAUUAAUUUAUAAUUUAUUUUUAUGUGUGGAAACAAACUUUACGAUUGAAUAAAAAUAUUUUUUUAUGUUACUCGUAAAUA